AGUUGCAGCAAACGGUAGAGCAAACACCAAGCGAAUUGUCCGGGUCCUUUUCGCCAUUUUUGUGAGCCGUAAGAACGUGACAGCUCGGAAAUGAAGCUAUUUUGUGCUGUUUUGGUUAUUUACGUUGUGGCUUUGACCCUCUUUGGAGUCGACGGGCGUGGCGGGGGAACCCGAAACGGAGUAGAGGAACCCAAGUUUGGCGGGUUGUACAGACGAUUUCGUCGGGAUGCCUUGGAGCAGAGCUUGUCGGCCAAUGAGGCACCGCCACCGCCGCCGCAGUUCAGGCAACGCCGUCAGGCACCACCCGGACUACCGCCCCCACCAGACGGUCUUCCACCACCACCCCAGUUCCUCUUUUAAAUAUACCUGAAUGUAUAGUAAGUUGUUGGGCGUUUGUGCAUGUAAAUGGGAACCAUAUCGAAGCUAAUAAAACUAGUAAGAAGCAUUCCAAAAAC